UUGGAGCCGCGCGCGCGCCGUUCAUUCACCCCGAGUUCGAACAGCUGUCAAAAUUUGACGUUCCGUAACUAUCCACGAACGCGGACCGAUCGAAUUCGUACACUCACGCUUCUAAACAGUGUUUUUGAAUUUAGAAGCCUAUAUAAUUUUGAUAGUGUUGUGCCGCGAGUUUUAUGAAUAAUUCAAGUUGCAUCAAAAUGUUUUGACGUUUCGCUCAGCUCAGUGUUAGUGUUGUGAUCGAUGUAUCUGUUGAGUGAUGUGCCGAGCGAUCGGUUAAUUGUUGUUGGUGUUUGUUGUUGUGUUGUUAUCAUGCCACAUUAAUGUCGUACAACGCUGAUAUGUCUAUAAUUAGCGAGCUACGAUGGCUGCAAGACGGCGAACUGUUGGCCCUUUCGAUUCAAAACGAGAUCGAAGCAACGGAGGCCUGCAAAUGGCUGCGGGCUGCUGGCUUUCCGCAGUAUGCGCAGAUGUACGAAGACCUCCAGUUUCCCAUCGACGUAUCCGGAGUACAGAACGAUCAUCCAUUCCUGGAUGCAGAUUCUUUACAGUCUCUAUUCAGGAGACUCACAGCGCUGAACCGCUGCGCGAACAUGAAGCUGGAGCAUCAUCAUCAUCAGAAAAGAUCGAACGACUCUGAUGAUGACCAGUGCGCGCUGAGCGACAAAUGGCAGUACGAGAGGAAAUCUCGCAGAUGGUCGCGCGUGGUGGAGAUAACUCCGCAGGCCCAGCGACGGCUACAGUUAAUAGCAGCGAAAGCCUUGGCAGAAAAGGAGGCGAGAGAAGCAAGGGGCGAAGUGGAAGACGAUGAGGACGACAGCCUGCCCACCAUCAGGGUGGGCCUGGUCGAUGCUGAUGGGCACUACACGGAUGUUGAACCGGACUUAUUGGGCAUCCCCGGCCAGCCAGUUAUACAGUUACCAAGCGACAAAGAAGAUGAAGAGGACACAGGUACGAGAUUCCGAAGGACAGGCUCCGAACGUCUCAGAGAUGGCGCUAAAGCCUUUUUACGAAGGGUCGAAUCUCUCAAAACUAGAAGAAGAAAGCGCCAGAACAGAACGGAAGUUAUCAUCGCGUCCCCUCACUUCCUAGAUACACAGCAGGACAAAUAUCCCGAUUUGAACUAUAUAGAUAUGACGCCUACCUCACCAACUGCAUUUCCGUUUCCCGAUUUCAAUAGUUCACCUCUCCAUGCUCCAGCUAUCAGAACUCAGCCGCCGUCACCCAUGACCAUUUUGCCGCCAUCUCCUAUAGCUCCUUUGGAGCAAUCCUUCGUGUUGAAUCCUCCUUUUGGUGAUGAUAGUUCUAGUUACGCAUCUGAUGGUAGCAUGGGAUCUAGCAAUAAAAGUACGAAGUCAAAACUUGGACGAGCGAAGAGAAUAUUCCAUAGAGGAAUGAAGAAUGAUGACUCUAGUGCGCUGAGCGACUCAGAAUGUCAGCCGGCUAGUUGGAGGCAUAAUUAUUAUAAGGAUCAUAAUAUUCAUCACAAUACUGAGGUGUACGUCGAACCUCCAUCGCCUGUGGAACUGAAACCAGAUCCAGAGGUAUUACGCGAGGUCCAGAAAUCACCAGGUCACACGAUGCACAGGCGGCAGGCCAUCAGAACCAGCUCGCUCAACCUAGGGAAAGACGGACAAAAGUUUCGGGACAGAAGUCUUAAAAGGGAUAAAUCAGCAUCCAGAAGUUCCGACCUGAAUAGCAGCCCGAACUCGGCCGGAUCGCGGUCCCAUGAUGGUGAUCAGGAUGAUGAUGAUGACAGCAUCGACAUGAAAACUAAGAAAAACAACGUACAAAGAUGGUACUCGUUCCGGACAAGUGCACUCAACGGCGGUCCCAAAGCCAAUAACACCCUCCAACCAGUACCCAACCAAAAGGACCCCGAGACUUACAUGUCGAGACCCAUGUCAUCAUUGUCAUGUGGACAACUGCACAUCCUGAGGAAGCUGGCUCUUCUUCGACUGACUGCGUGUAUGGAAAGGUACUGCCCUUCACACAAGUCAGGUUGGAACUGGGAACUGCCGAAACUCAUCAGGAAGAUCAAAACUCCAGAUUACAAAGAUAAGACAGUGUUUGGAGUUCCACUGACUGUGUCACUACAAAGGACGGGCCAUGCGUUACCAAAGCCAAUACAGAGUGCGUUGAAAUGGUUGAAAAUCAAUGCUUUAGAUCAGAUGGGCAUAUUUAGAAAAGCCGGCGUCAAAUCCCGUAUAGCGAAAUUACGGCAGACAGUGGAAGCUGCUGGUGCUGCGAACGCGCCAUUUGCAAUAGAAAACAUAAAUACAAUUGAUCCUAACCAGUCGAACCUCAACUUCGACGGGUCUCAAGCUCACGACGUGGCUGACAUGGUCAAGCAGUACUUCAGAGAGUUGCCUGAUGCGCUCCUCACUAAUAAGCUGAGCGAGACCUUCAUCGCUAUUUUCCAACAUGUCCCUGAGCCAUUAAGGCCGGAUGCAGUACAAUGCGCUUUGUUACUGUUGCCUGAAGAACAUUUGGAGGCUUUGCAUUCCUUAUUAAUAUUUCUGGCUGAUGUGGCGGAGCAGUCGGGCGUGAACCAGAUGACGGCUUCGAACCUGGCGGUGUGCCUGGCGCCGAGCCUGCUGCGGCUGCACCACGCGCCGCCCGCCGGCAGCACCAAGGAAGGACACUCCAACAGAAUGGUGAUAGAAAGUGUUGCUGAUCAGCGUCAGAUAAGCGAGAGUCGAGCGGCCCACGCUUGCCUCUUGCUUCUCAUACAGAAGUACAAGCAGUUGUUCCUAGCUCCCGCUGAUAUGCUGGCCAGGUGUAAAUUCAAUUACUUCGAAGAGAGUGUACCGGUGGCGCUGGAAGAAUUGGGCGGAGAUUUCAAUCAAGACUGGAAAGGAUUCCAGCAGGCUUGCAUCAAAGCUUUACUCAAAGAAGCCAAAGAAAAAACACGUGGAUGGAUGUCGGUGUCAGGUGCUGCACCUCAUGUGGAGUUGUGCUGCAAGAAAGUGGGUGAUGGUCAUCCUUUGAGAUUGUGGAGGGCUACCACGGAUGUGGAAGCACCACCGCAGGAGGUUAUGCAAAGGAUACUCCGAGAGCGACAUAUAUGGGAUGACUCGUUGAUAAAGUGGCGUAUAACAGAGAAGCUGGGCACCAAUGCUGAAGUGUUCCAGUACGUCACUGCCUCCAGUGUGGGCCUACCGCCGAGGGAUUAUUGCGUUUUAAGGUCGUGGCAGCAGGGCGGCGGCAGUGGGGGCGCGGGCGGGUGGUGCGCGGUAGCGGAGACCUCCGUGGCGGGGACCGCAGCGAGCGCCCCCGCAGCCUCCACCGGCGGCACCACCACCACCACCACCACCACCACCACCACCACCACCACCACCGCCGCCGCCACCACUCCGGAGCCGGCGCGCGGCGUGGUGCUGGCGUCGCGGUACCUGGCGCAGCCGGCCGGCAAGGGCCGCAGUCGACUCGUGCAUCUCGCGCGCGUCGAUACCAUGGGCCGCACACCUGAAUGGUAUAACAAGUGUUACGGCCACAUCUGCGCUCUAUACCUGGCCCGCAUCCGAGCUUCGUUCAAGCACAACACAGAAGGACCUGAAUCUAACGUAUGAUCUAAGCAUUCCACUUAAGCAGAACCCUAAAGUCUCUGCUUAAGGUCUAAUAAAAAUUCAGGCGAAAAUCCCGCUGAAUAUUACCUGAAAAGUUGAAACCUAGUUCUAACUUUUUCAUAAUUCAAACUUUAUAGCUAGUAAGGAAAUUAUAAACAUUUUCGCGUCGUUGAUAUUAAAAAUUAGAAACGUUCAUAUAAAAAAAUCGUUAAUAAAAUAAUUACGACUGUACCGUACAUUUGACAGUCUAACAAUAUAUUAUAAGAUAAAUCCAAUUUUAAAUCUCAAAAUAGGGUAUAUGAUGUUGUUAUCGGCAUAGAUAUUAUAUUCCAAUAUAUUUAAAAGUUUGACCAAAAUUCUGAUGUUAAUGUAAAUAGUUAAGGUAGAUAUAAUGAACGUGCAUAAUUACUAGAUUAUAUGACAACCUACCUCCACAUUUCAUGGUUUAUCCCAUACAAUUAGGGAGACAUUAAAAAUCGACAUAAUAGAAAUAGUUUUGGUUACAAACUAUCUAUAUUUUAAAUAUACAUUUCUCCCGUGGUGCGUUGUGUAUAAAAUAUUGACUAAUAUUUAAAUGAAAAAUAUAAUCUCAUUGGAUAUAUUUGUAUGGAAAUUGAAUGAGUUUUACCAUAUCCUAUGUAUAGUUAUCGACAUAUCACUAGUCAUAUUGUAUAAAUAACAUUCAAGCACAUAAUAACCGUACCUGUCCUGUGUUCAGGAAUAUAGUAUUAAAUUCUUAAUCGUAUAUAUAUUAAAUGUGAACGCAAAGUGUGUGUAAAAGAGUUUUAAAUAUAUAUUAAAACCGAUAACAAUUUUUAUGUUACUUAUAUUAAUAUUGUAAAAAGUCUGAUUGUAUAUAUAAAUUAGGUGAUCAGUCUGAAUGACCAUCACAUUGUACUUAGCUAGUUAUCGCGCCGUGGUAGUGUUUCAUAUGACAUUAUUACACUAUAUAUAAUAGCGACCCGUCCCGGUACAUA